AUAUUUCAAAUUUGUCAGAAUUGAAGAAAAAUGUUUUCGUCGCAGCAACACAUGGCUGUAAAACAUAAAUCAGUUUCCUCAAUCGAGUCUCACAGACAAUGGCUGAUGUUUUAAAGUGCAGCGGCGACGCAGUUAAGGCUGCUGUCGAGUACUUACAAGCCAUCAAAAUUGUUGAAAUUCGACAGACCCUCGAGUUAUUGGGAGUGCAACAUAUUGAGGUCAUAGCUGCACUGUUACUUUUUGUAAUGCUGCAGUUUACAAAAUUCACCGCUGUUCUUUUGCUAGCUUGUUCGAUAGCUUACGGUAUAUUCUAUAUGUGGGAUACUUGGUUUCCGGAAAUUAAGGAAAAUUCUUCGGCAACUACACAAAAUGCUGACUAUGGCUAUUUAUAUGGCGCUCCUUUUUGGGGUAGUUAUGGUCCUAGCUAUGGCCCUGGCAAUCUCAGUCGAAAUAGUAUUAGCAGUGGCAUUAACUCCAAUUAUGACAAUACCUACGUUGCCGCGCUUGCCGCCUCCAAUCGAGAUGCCCGGACAUCCGCAUUAUUCCCACCGUUCUCAAACAGCGAGAUCGCAGAAACGCUGCCAGGAGAUCACAUGUACGAUACGGAAGAGAAGCGUAUCAACCUAAGUCCUUAUUUCGUGCCGCGGCCAGAUCCAUUUAACCAAAAGAAGCAAAACCCUUCAGGUACCAACACUCCAGUUGGACAACGGCAUUCGACUACUGAACCUCGACCACAGCGUAGACUUCCUGCUCAAACAUCUGAAGAAAACCGACAUAAUCGACGUGAUCCUUUGGCUUUUCGCAGACUGAUUGCCAAUGACUAUAGAAUGUAUAGGCCAUCAACGUCUGCGGAUGCCCAACAGUAUUACAGUUAUUCACUUCCUGUUCCGGAGGAGAGAGCAAGACGGUUGCCAGGCUUUUUUGACGACUACAAAAUGAAGUAUCGCCGCAGUAAUGAUAAGAGAGCUUCAACUCAACGAAAUGCUAGCCAUGCAAAUGAACAACCUUGGAACCGGCAAAAUGGGAGAAGCGUGUCCCGAGAUAAUUUAUUGCAUAGAUCACGGAAUAUUCAAGAAGGUUUUCCAAAUCACUAUGGUUCUCCUCAAGGCCGGUCGAAUGCUGGAAAUCACUAUAAUCCGGACAGCUCAAGGAAGAAAGUGCGAAAGUAAAUCCAAAUAUCAUAUUGGCAAGCUUAUAUAAAAAUACUACAGAUUUCUUUUGGUAAGCAAUUGAAAUUAAUCAUAUAUUUAAGCCAGUGUCAUUGUGAAUGUGGAACUCCAAUAACAUAAUAUCGGGGCUGGAAAUUAUAAUUAGAAUUAACUUAAAAAAAACCUUUACAAUUUAAAUACGGACGCCAAACAAAAUGUAAAAUAUAAAUUCAAAGUUAAUAAAAGUGUAUGUAUUGAGGA